GCCUUCCUGAGGCGGCGGUGACAAGAUGGCGGCGGCGCCGGGCGGCGGGGCGGUGCGCCGGGUGCAGCUGGUGCUGGGGCACCUCGCCGCGUCCCCCCCGGCAGCGGGUACCGCGGUUCGGGCCGCGCCGUGCGGCAGCCGCGCCGGGGUCUCGCCGCGGGCCGCCAGCCCCGACGAUGUGGUGGUGGUGCACGGGCGCAGGACCGCCAUCGGCCGCGCCAAGCGCGGCGGCUUCAAGGAUACUACACCUGAUGAACUACUGUCUGCUGUUAUGACAGCUGUCCUUCAAGAUGUCAAUCUUCGUCCUGAGGCCCUGGGAGACAUCUGUGUGGGAAACGUGCUGCAGCCUGGAGCCGGCGCUUUGAUUGCAAGAGUUGCACAGUUCCUGAGUGGUAUUCCGGAGACGGUGCCGUGCUCGAGCGUGAACCGGCAGUGCUCCUCUGGGCUACAGGCUGUUAUCAAUAUAGCAGGUGGCAUCCGAAAUGGAUCGUAUGACAUUGGCUUGGCCUGUGGCGUGGAAACCAUGUCCCUCAGAAGUGCAAAUAAUGCUGGUGAUAUCAGUUCCAGCUUGAUGGAAAACAGCAAAGCAAGGGAUUGCCUGAUUCCUAUGGGAAUAACCUCAGAAAAUGUGGCAGAGAAGUUUGGAGUUUCCCGAAAGAAGCAAGACGCCUUUGCCUUGGCUUCCCAGCAAAAAGCAGCAAAAGCUCAGCAGCUGGGACUGUUUAAAACCGAGAUUGUUCCAGUGAAGACCACUGUUCUAGAUAAUCAGGGCAACCAAAAGACAAUCACCGUGCACCAAGACGAAGGAAUUAGGCCCUCCACAACCCUGGAGGGUUUGGCAAAGCUGAAGCCUGCCUUCAAAGAGGAUGGUAGCACUACAGCAGGUAAUGCCAGCCAGGUCAGUGAUGGAGCAGCUGCUGUUCUCCUGGCAAAGCGCUCAAAAGCAGCACAGCUGGGACUGCCAGUCCUGGGGGUGCUCAGGUCCUUUGCUGUGGUUGGAGUCCCACCUGACGUGAUGGGCAUAGGGCCGGCCUACGCGAUCCCUGUUGCUGUGGAAAAGGCAGGUCUGACUCUGGGUGACAUUGAUAUAUAUGAAAUUAAUGAAGCCUUUGCAAGCCAGGCUGUGUACUGCAUUGAAAAGCUGGGCAUUCCAAUGGAGAAAGUCAACCCCCUUGGAGGAGCCAUAGCUCUGGGGCACCCACUGGGCUGUACCGGUGCUCGUCAAGUUGUCACCUUACUCAAUGAAUUGAAGCGCAGGGGGAAGAGAGCAUAUGGUGUGGUGUCAAUGUGCAUCGGAACUGGCAUGGGCGCUGCAGCAGUGUUUGAGUACCCAGGGAACUAACUUCCAGCCUACUGAUGAAACCACACAACAGCUAAUUCUCUGCCUUCCCUAAUAAUAGCAAAUGAUUUGCACUGUGAAAUCAAGUGGAUUCUGGGAUUCGUUGCUAGAUCUACAGAUUUUAGGCACAAACUGCAAAGUAGAAUAAUCCAUAGAGACCCACUGAGCCGGUGGGAAAACGCAGAGCUGGCAAAUGGCAGCCUGACAGCAGACAUGAGUUCAGCUGAAGUUCAGGUGCAGGCCCUCGUGUGGUGAUUACAAAUAGAUAUUUCUAAUUUAAUCACUUCCUUUAUUCCGUGAAUACUGUCAGAGAGAAGCAUUUCAUGGUACAGUGGUUUUGUAUGACACAUUGUCCAAAAGUGUCACUCAAAACCAAAGUGCAUGUGAAAAGGCUUUUCCAGGGUUGUCUUAAAAGGUGUCACCAUCUCGCAAGAAGCCUGGAGCAGCUUGUUUGAAAGCAGUGCAAGGACUUUACACUGGUUCCUUUACAACUGCAUGUGUCCCACCCAAGUUAUAAAUGGGCUCUGCCCUAAGGUGUCCCUGUGCUGGAGGCUGGGCUGUAGCUUUCUGCUUCUAACCAGGCUGUUCUGAAGCCUCCAACGGGGUAAAGUAGAGGGACUAGAAUGUAAUUCACACAGGAGGUGCCUGAACAGGCAGAUUCUGCUGAAUUGCUACAAGCCAGGGCUUGAAAGUGGCCUUUCCAUCUUUUUUCACAGCUCAUGUGACUCUUAAGUUAAAGGAGAGUCUUGGGAUUAAUAUUUAUUUACCUAACAUAAAACAGAUUUCAGCGUUACUCUAACUGCAAGCACUACAUGAACAUUAGUGACAUCUCAGUGCUAAUACAAAUAUAUAUUUCAUCUGGUAAAGUUCUCCCUUACCUGUUCUCUCUCUUACAAUCACUGAAACUCAGUACUAACAGCUUGAAAAUGAAACAUCCUCAUCCACUUUGACAUGUUACAAAUCUGAGCUUUUUAAUACAGACUAAAGUUCUUUGUCCUGGCUCUUGGUUUUGCACUUUAAUAAUACAAUUGAGUUCUUGCAAUAUAUUUGUUUUCUUUUUCUGAUGUAAGUUGAAAGCCAUGAUUAGUUAGAGCUGUGUGAUAGCCUUCUGUUCCCGUGCUGCAGCCUGUCCCCCUCACCCAGCAAUCAUUCAGGCUGUAUUUUAGAGCAAAGAGAUGAAAUUAUUUAGUGGUUGCAGAGAGGCAUUAGCAUCCUCAAGGGUCUUUUUUUUUGCACCGAGGUUCCUGUGUAUGGUGUGAGUUCUUGCUAGUACAAAUCUGGUUUGAACUAGGCAGAAGGCAACGAUCAUGCAUCUUCUGUUCUCCUUGGGUGGGGAGGGCAGCCCCCUCUUCCCCACACACACUGCCGUUAACAAAAACCUUUUACAUGAUGGGAGUGGAAAACUUAACAGGCCCAGAAGUGGGAAUUUCAGUGACCUUUAGCUAAAGCAAUACUAAAAACAUUUAGAGAAGUGUGAGUAAAUGGGAACCAUGUGGGGGGAAUGCAUUCACAGGCAGAAGGGUUCCUCCCUCUGUAGCUGAAGGGGAUGUUCUCAAUGCCCAAGCAUGAUGAAACACCCAGGUUGGUCGUUUUCCAAGAAGUCCAGGGAAAGUUGGCUCUUCCCCUUUUCAUGUAAGGGAAGCAGCCUGGGGAAUGCUGGCCUAUUCACUGGUUUUUGCUUUUAUGAUGUGUUUAUCUUUUUAAUGUCAAACAAACAAACAAGGCAAAACAAAAGCUACUUUAUAAUGUACAAAUUGUAAUUGUACAUUAUAAUUGUAAUUGGAGGCAUGCAAAGGGGUUUGGCCUAACUGUUACCAUGGCUGCUUUGCUAUUUCAAACCGAUUCCUUUGCAGAGCCUGCAAGUAGUGGUUAAACUUAUCACAGUGCUAGAAGUAACAGAAUGAAAUUAUGACUCUUUAAAGUACCAUGAACUUUUUUCCCCUACAUAACUUAAAAUUCCAUUCUGCUACACUUCCAGUCCAUAUUAAAACAACUGAUGAUACAGACUCUGUGGAUGGCACAUCUGCAUCCAGCUUGUUACCUUGACAUUUGUCCCGCGGUGUCUUGCUUAAAUUUAAUACAGGUCUUCAUACCUUCCAUCGUAGGUUCCUUGCCCCUUGAUCUGUAGCUUGCAAGGCUUUUCCCCCAGUAUUCCAGUAACAGUCAUGACUGCUUUGUAUUGAAUGUCGCUCCUGAAAUACAGAGCAAAAGGACAGUUCAGUUACAGGGAGAUGCAAUUCUGUGUUUAAGGAUGAGAUUAGUUACUUUGGGGAGGAAAAGGGGGAGAACGGUGCCAUAAGGCAUAAACUGCUUCUGGUCACAAGCACCGGUGUCUGAUGCUGGUGUUGAGUCUGGGGGUGGCAGGAUCACUUCAGAGUGUCAUGGCCCACAGCUACAUAGAGGAUGUUUGAGAAGGAUGGUCCAGCCUGUACCUGAAGAUGUUGGGUUAUUAACUUCAUGUUGUAAAGAAAGACUUGAGUGUCUUCCUACUUAAAUAAUUCUAUUUUAGUUAAAUAAACAAACUGAAGCUCUGCUGGGGGCUUGUGUUUGGGAGCAAACGCCUGCACUGCCUUGGUGUGAAAAUUCAUCCUGUGACAGCACUUGAAACAGAGAAGUUUCUGUCAACUCUCCCAAGAAGCUUACAGCAAGCAUAGUUUGUGCUAAGUGGAAGUCUUACAGCACAACUGGCCUAAGGCUAUUGCUGCGCAGUGCUCCGGAGACUGCUCAUCUGAAGGAUUUCUCUGUGUCUGAGAGGUGGGUGUUGUGAAGGUCUGAGGCAAGAGCCUGUUCUGCCACACAACUUCUAUUUUCUCCUCAGAAAAGAUUCCCUGCAGGAAGACCACUGAUUUAGGGAGGCGAGUUGUUAAAAUUACCUCACACCUUGCAUAUAAUUCUUUGCUAUUGCCACGCUGGUCCUGAGCGCUGGGGGAUGCGUAGUCUGGAGCUGAACAGAUGAGCUGGCUGCUGUACAGCAGCCUCUUCAGUUCUAGGCACUUCCAGGCACGCUGAUUGUCAGACAAAAAGAAGUGCUUCCGGCACAUUCAGAAGCACUACAUAAAAUUUUGACAGUCAGAACCUGGGGAGGUCUUUCGUCCAUGAAGUUGCAGGGCCAGGACAGCUUAGAGCAGCUGCUCAAGGCUUCAUCCCAGUCAGAUUCCAGUAGCUCCAGCGAUGGAGAUCUCGCAGUGUGUUCCAGGGAGAUUGAAGUUACAACAGUAGCUCAUGUCACCUAUGGUUUGCUGCUAUAGAAUUCCCUGGCAGCAGUGUUCAAAGUUCCCUUAAAUCACUGGGAUAGACUUUGUCUUUCUUAAACUUUAUGUCAAUGUCACCAUGUGGUAACUUCCAGGAAUAAAAGCUGAAUUUUCUUA